AGCACAAACCCUACUGUAUGAUUUGACAGUGUAUGACUGGACUGCGGACGAAUCAAAACGCGCAUUGUUGUUAGUAGCGGGUUGCGUAAUUAUGUCAGUAUAUUCUCUACGGGGACACUUGGCACAGGCGGUUGGGUCAUUUGUGGGCUAGCCGAAAACGUGUUUUUCCUUUAUCGUGCCAUCUGUUUUUACUGCGGGUCAGACUGGACAGCCUUAUCGCCAUUCUAUUAUUCCACCAGUGCCACGAAUAAGAAAACGCCGUAAAUCAAUCCCUCUCCCAGUCGCGUCCAGUCGGCGAGAAACGUCCACCCACUUCACCGCAGUGCCAGACAAGGAGCCUCUCAAUGAUGUCAUCAUAUUAUCAUUCGGGAAAGGAAACAGACAUGGCGACGAUGACGGAGCCGCUCUGCCUAGAAAGAGGUAACUACACAGAAUAGCCUUUGUCAAUAGUACAACCCGGGCGGUACAUCGUACCACAAUCAGACGCAUAUUGAGAUAAACGCACUGGUGUUUUAUAGGACAUUUGUUGUGGGUGUAUUUAGAUGGAGUCCUAUUACGAACAUUGCGGAUUAGAGUCCGGUCGAAGCGUAGGCUAUAGUUGACGUUUGUAUAUAGGCUUAGCCUAACAUAACGUUGGUGUAUGUACUUUAUUAUUUGCAUUAUCAGUGUACAUAGUAGAUGCAUAGCAUAGCCCUAUCACAACCACGCUGAUGACACCUGGAGUUGUAUUGCCCAAUAGUGCACAUUUUUAAAUCACUCCUUUUAAUGGCCAAAAUGGGAGUGGGGGCUCUGGUUGAUUUGAGAUGGUGUGUCAUAGAACCCCCUAGUUCGGUCGAUUCAUGGGGGAUUCCCAUUGAAAUAUUUUAUUGAAUAAUGGUGCCACAAAGUAUUACAUUGUAGCUACAUCAUUCACCUGAUCUGUUGAUAAUACAUCUGUUUAAUAACCACUGUUAAAAUGAAACAACAUUUUUACAGUGACACUAUGAGUAACGUUAGUGUUCAUUUAAGGGCUACAAUAUGUAUUCCAGUGCUCUAAUGCUCUAAUAUAUAGACACUGUAAUAUAUUCCCAAAAGUGUUAAUUGUUUCAAUGUUUAGUCAUGAGACAUAUUGAGGAGCAUAUCACAGUGUGCAGAUUCCUCUCCUUUGUGGCCAUUCAUACAGUACAUGCACAAAGCCAUUGGAAGUAGGGGUAUGUAGAGCUACUGGGUAUGCAGGCUUUUGCUCCAACCGUGAUCAGGACUGAUUAGCCAUCGACCGUCGCACAGACCUUCUUAGGGGGGCAUAGAAAUGCCGGAGGCGGGCACAUUAUAUAGCCACGUACAUAUUUUAUAAAUUCCUCAAGCGGCGGGCUUUUUGGGGGCGGUGAGCCAUAGGGUUGAGCCAGAUCAGGUGUGUCAGAGCAGGGCUGAAGCGAAAGCCUGGACACCCAGUAGCUCUCCAGGGAAGGGGUAGUCUACCCUUUUUCAACUCACCUUCUCCUCCCUCCUCCUCGUUCCUCUCUAGAUGUGUGCAGGGUGAUAGAGCUGCUGGACCGGCUGCAGAGAAGCGGUGAGCUGCCUCCUCCCAAACUCCAGGCCUUGCAGAGAGUCCUGCAGAGCAAGUUCUGUGCUGCCAUCAGAGAGGUAGAUAUUAGGCUGCCUUACCCACUAUGUCUGAUCUAGAUACUAUUAGGAUUAUCCAUCAGCGGUAGGACAUGCUACCUAAACCUACCAUGUCUGAUCUAGAUACUAUAGGCUUUAUCCAUCAGCAGUAGGACAGGCUAACUAAACCUACCAUGUCUGAUCUAGAUACUAUAGGCUUUAUCCAUCAGCGGUAGGACAGGCUACCUAAACCUACCAUGUCUGAUCUAGAUACUAUAGGCUUUAUCCAUCAGCGGUAGGACAGGCUACCUAAACCUACCAUGUCUGAUCUAGAUACUAUAGGCUUUAUCCAUCAGCGGUAGGACAGGCUACCUAAACCUACCAUGUCUGAUCUAGGCUUAUCAUCAGGUGGACAGUACCUAAUACAUGUUGAUCUAGACUUAGGCUUUAUUCAUAGUGUAGAGGAUAAACCUACCAUCGUCUAGCUUUAUCUAUAUUGUUCCAUGGUUUUUAUAGAGUGUAUAUACAUGCAUACUUGGUACUGACAAAAAAAAGUUAUAUCAUGAUGGCGGGCGGCAGGUAGCUUAGUGGUUAAGAGCGUUGUACCAGUAACCGAAAGGUCGCUGGUUCUAAUCCCCAAGCCGACUAGGUGAAAAAUCUGUCGAUGUGCCCUUGAGCAAGGCACUUAACCCUAAUUGCUCCUGUAAGUCGCUCUGGAUAAGAGCGUCUGCUAAAUGACCAAUUUAUUUAUUUUUUAUAUUAGCUAUACAUAUAACUGUAUACGUAUUUACAUUAAAAGGUUUCAUAUUUACAGUGGUUACAACUAGGGCUGUUGCGGUGACCGUAUUACCGCCACACCGGCAGUCAUGAGUCAUGACCGCAGUAAAAUUCCACGUGACCGUUGAAUCACAGUAAUCUCCUCAUAUGCACCCUGGACAUGCUUUGGUAGUUCCCAACUUGCUAACUACCAUCUGGUCCUAAUGGCCUUGUAUUCAGGGCUCUAUUGUCCCUCUAACCCAGCGUUUCCCAAACUCGAUCCUUGGGACCCCAAGGGGUGCACGUUUAGGAUUUGGCCCUAACACUACACAGCUGAUUCAAAUGAUCAAAGUUUGAUGAUUUUAUUCAGCUAAAUUCAAAUAUAUUAUUUUUACUAUAAAAUCAUAUAAUAUAAAAUAAUGGCAGGGACUUAUAAGCAUAUCUUGUCUGCUAAAUUAACAAGCCUACAGCCUAUGGCAUGGAGCAUAGCCAGAUAACAUACAGUAGGCCAGAUAAUAUUCUGUUCUUCGGAAAUACAUUUUCUUCAUAUCAUAAUGUUUCUUUAGACCUGACUAAAAUGAAUAAUGGAUUUAUUGUGACGGUGUAUAUAAAUGGAUUUAUUAGACUUUUUUGAAAAUGUAGAUGUUCGAAAGGCGUGCAUCAGCGGCUUGUAUGCAGCUUGUAUGCAUGGAGGCCUGGAGAUGCUAAGUGUGUUUAUGUUAAUUGCCAGUUAAUUACUGUGAGAUCGGCAGACUUUUGCAUGACAAUAACCAGCUGACAAAAUGUAAUGACCGCCAAAGCCCUAGUUACAACAUGCAUGUUAGAUCAUUCUUAGGUACCAUACCACCUAUUAAAAGUCUAUAUUCAAAGUUUAUAUUUGAAAACCCUUACCCUGCACCCUAUAUUCAAUACUGUAACAUUGACAUACCCUGUGUAUCACACAAGUUAUACUCUUUGCUGCAUCUCCUACCUAGCUAGUAUGUCUGCCUGUAUGCUGUUACAGUACACUUUACUACAAUACACUUUACUACAAUACACUUCACUACAAUACACUUCACUACAAUAUACUUGUAUCACGUUUCAUACCUGUGACAUCAAGUACACUACAUAUCUCAGUCCACUCUCCACCUCACUUCUGUGUGGGUCACACCAGCUUGAUACAUCGUGUCAGGUUUCACUUAGUUUUAUGAAUUUACUUUUUUUAUCAUCUGUGUUUUAUACAUUUUAUAAUCUGUGUUUUUAUAAACAGGUGAAACUCAUUGAAGUGCGAAUGUCUCCAUGAUUUGGGUGUAUCUCGGUUUCCCUCAUGUUCUCUCCUCCUCUACUUUUUCCAACAGGUGUAUGAACAGCUCUAUGACACGCUUGACAUCGUGGGAGGGCCUGAGGUUCGUGCCCAGGCAACUGCCAAGGUAAUGACAACAAACAUUUAGCGCACAUACACACAUACAGAAACUGUACACUCCAGGAAAGAAUAAACAUCACAAAUCCCGUAACAGUCAUGUUAGCGCAAUGGCGUCCAACAUCUUGUUCAAUCUCACUUUCACCCUUUCCUCCAGGCCACGGUGGCUGCAUUUGCGGCCAGCGAGGGACAUGCCCACCCGCGGGUGGUGGAGCUGCCCAAGACAGAGGAGGGCCUGGGAUUCAACAUCAUGGGGGGCAAGGAGCAGAACUCCCCAAUCUACAUCUCCAGGGUCAUCCCCGGGGGGGUGGCAGACCGGCAGGGGGGGCUGAAGAGGGGCGACCAACUGCUGUCUGUCAAUGGAGUGGUAAGAGUCGGAUUGGGAGGAGGGAGUGGUGUGCGUGUGUGUAUGCUUACUCAUAUACACUAUAUAUACAAAAGUAUGUGGACAGCCCUUCACACCCGUUGCUGACAGAUGUAUAAAAUCGAGCACACAGCCAUGCGAUCUCCAUAGACAAACAUUGGCAGUAGAAUGGCCUUACUGAAGAGCUCAGUGACUUUCACCGUGGCACAGUCAUAGGAUGCCACCUUUCCAACAGGUCAUUUGGUGAAAUUUCUGCCCUGCUAGAGCUGCCCCGGUCAACUGUAAGUGUUGUUAUUGUGAAGUGGAAACGUCUAGGCGCAACAACGACUCAGCCGCAAAGUGGUAGGCCACACAAGCUCACAGAACGGGACUGCCGAGUGCUGAAGCGCGUAUCGCGUACAAAUAGUCUGUCCUCGGUUGCUACACUCACUACUGAGUUCCAAACUGCCUCUGGAAGCAAUGUCAGAACAAGAACUGAUCGUCGGGAGCUUCAUGAAAUGAGUUUCCAUGGCCGAGCAGCCGCACACAAGCCAAAGAUUACCAUGCGCAUUGCCAAGUGUCGGCUGGAGUGGUGUAAAGCUUGCCGACAUUGGACUCUGGAGGAGUGGAAAUGGGUUCUCUGGAGUAAUGAAUCACGCUUCACCAUCUGGCAGUCCGACAGACAAAUCUGGGCUUGGCGGAUGCCAGGACAACGCUACCUGCCCCAAUGCAUAGUGCCAACCGUAAAGUUUGGUGGAGGAGGAAUAAUAGACUGGGGCUGUUUUUCAAGGUUUAGGCCCCUUAAUUCCAGUGAAGGGAAAUCUUAACACUACAGCAUACAAUGACAUUCUAGAUGAUUCUGUGCUUCCAAAUUUGUGGCAACAGUUUGGGGAAGGCCCUUUCCUGUUUCAGCAUGACAAUGGCCCCGUGCACAAAGUGAGGUCCAUUAAGAAAUGGUUUGUCGAGAUCUGUGUGGAAGAACUUGACUGUUCUGCACGGAGCCCUGACUUCAACCCCAUCGAACACCUUUGGGAUGAAUUGGUACGCCGACUGAGAGCCAGGCCUAAUCGCCCAACAUCAGUGCCCGACCUCACUAAUGCUCUUGUGGCUGAAUGUCCCACAGCAAUGUUCCAACAUCUAGUGGAAAUCCUUCCCAGAAGAGUGGAGGCUGUUAUAGCAGCAAAGGGGGGACCAACUCCAUAUUAAUGACCAUGAUUUUGGAAUGAGAUGCUCGACGAGCAGGUGUCCACAUACUUUUGGUCGUGUGUGUGUGUAUGGCAUAUUAUUAUUAUUAUUUAUUAUUAUUGCAGAGUGUGGAGGGGGAGCACCAUGAGAAGGCAGUGGAGCUGCUAAAGGCUGCCCAGAGCUCAGUGAAACUAGUGGUCAGGUACACGCCCAAAGUGCUAGAAGAGAUGGAGGCCCGCUUUGAGAAGAUGAGGAGCGCCAGAAGACGCCAGCAGCACACAAGCUACUCGUGAGGGAACACACAAACACACAAACACACACACACACACACAAACAAGCACGUGAGCACGCUCACUCUCUCACACACAAACAGAAACAUACUUUUAAUAGCAAAGUAUGUUUUUCGUGUAAUUCUUUCUCUGUCUCUCUCGCUCUCUCUUUCUAUCAUUUUCCCUAACACAGGUCUCUGGAGUCCCGAGGCUAGCCACUCCCACCCUCAGUCAAGCCUGUUGGACCCGCCACCUUAGUUCUGCUCCAAUAGGAAGCCAGAUGAUGGAGAAGAAGGAAGAAACCAAAGUAGCCAACUUAGAUCUGUUAUUUAUAUAUGUUUGUGAAAUGUUCCAAAUGAUUAUCCCCCUCCUCUCCCUAACCCUAGCUCAUUCUCUAUCCUGUAUGUGAUUUUCUCUCCCAGUGUGAAACCUGCAUCCCAGCGUAUGGCAACCAUGUGUUUAGCGUAAGAACAGAGGAGAGUAAGCAUGGUGGAUGUAGUUUAAAUGCAUAGGUCUAUAUACUUUUCUACUCUAUAGUGAGAUGAUGUAUGUAUGUAUGUAUGUAUGUAUGUAUGUAUGUAUGUAUGUAUGUAUGUAUGUAUGUAUGUAUGUAUGUA